UGCCUGCCUCCAGCUGCCUGCCUGUCUGCCCCGUCUGUCUGUACUCACUCUCCGGACGUCAUCUCCAUGCUCCUUUGUUUUUGCCCCUCCGGAAUUGAUUAAUCCUGCCAACUCCCCCCCAUCUACAUCUAUCACCAUGGCUGACAUGCCCAUUGUGCUCGACGGAGGAACGGGUUUCCUCAAGGUCGGAUAUGCUGCGCAGAACUUCCCCGAGCACCAGUUCCCCUCGAUAGUGGGGCGGCCCAUAUUGCGAACGGAGGAGCAGGCAGGCGACAUCGUCGUCAAGGAUAUUAUGUGCGGAGAUGAGGCUGCCGCUGCCAGAUCAAUGCUCCAGAUCAGCUACCCUAUGGAGAACGGUAUCGUGAAGAAGUGGGACGACAUGCAACACCUAUGGAACUACACCUUUUACGAGAAGAUGAAGAUCGACCCCACGGGUCGCAAGAUCCUCCUGACCGAACCUCCCAUGAACCCCCUGAAGAACCGGGAACAAAUGGCUGAGGUGAUGCUGGAAGGCUACAACUUUGGUGGCGUAUACGUUGCUAUUCAAGCUGUGCUUGCACUAUACGCUCAGGGUCUUAGUAGUGGUGUGGUCGUGGACUCCGGUGACGGUGUCACCCACAUCAUCCCCGUCUACGAAUCUACAGUCCUGAACCACCACAUCCGCCGACUUGAUGUCGCCGGUCGUGAUGUCACCCGUAAUCUCAUUGCCCUCCUGCUCCGCCGCGGUUAUGCCCUGAACCGUACCGCCGACUUCGAGACCGUGCGCCAGAUCAAGGAGAAGCUCUGCUACGUGUCCUACGAUCUCGAGCUGGACAAGAAGCUCUCGGAAGACACAACGGUCCUGGUCGAGUCCUACACCCUCCCCGAUGGUCGCGUCAUUCGUGUAGGCAGUGAGCGCUUCGAAGCCCCUGAGUGUCUCUUCCAGCCGCACUUGGUGGAUGUUGACCAACCCGGUAUGGCCGAGCUGCUCUUCAACACCAUCCAGGGCGCCGAUGUCGACGUGCGCUCCAGUCUGUACAAAGCGAUUGUGCUCAGUGGAGGAAGCAGCAUGUACCCCGGUCUGCCUUCGCGGUUGGAGAAGGAGAUCAAGCAACUGUGGCUCACCCGGGUACUGCAAGGAAACCCGGAGAGAUUGAACAAAUUCAAGGUGCGCAUCGAGGACCCCCCACGACGGAGACACAUGGUCUUCCUGGGAGGUGCCGUCCUUGCCAACCUGAUUGCCGACAAGGAGGAUAUGUGGGUUUCCAAGCAAGAGUGGCAAGAACAGGGUGCCCGCGCCCUGGCCAAACUCGGCCCUAGAUAGUAGUACUACGCUGUAUACCGUCCACUCGACCUAUCCGAACUUACCACCUCUAUUGUGAUUCUUUACCGUGUGUGCGAAUUGGAACACCCCCCGUCCACAUCUUCCAAACAACCUUUCUUUUUACCUCCACCCUUUCUGUUCGAUAUACGUACAUACAACAACCAUUCUCUUGUUCUCAGGGAGAUCAAGAGGUUAUGUCAUAUAAGGAAGGAUAAGAUUUAUUCAACCAUCCUGCAUCUUGUUUUUAUUAUAUUCUUUCUUCCCCCUCCGUUCCUGCCCGCCUACUAUUUAGGUAGCUAGCUACUAUAGAUAGCGGUGAUGGCUACUCCGGAUUUCUUAGGGAUCUCUUGAUCCAAUAAGACAGCCCGAAACAAAGACUUUUAGUUUGAUGAACGAAUCCGUUCCUCCCAUGUCUAUAAGUGUAU